AUGUCUGCUGGCCCCCAGAGGCAGAAGCGGCCCCAAGGUCGUGCCCUCCCGCUACUUCCAGAGUGGUCGUCAGAAGACGAAUAUGUCCACUCGCUUCUAACAUUCGCAACCUGUUCGGACUUGUUUCGAAACCUCUGCGGAGGAGUGCACAUUCUGGACUUCCUCACACGAGAGCCCGACUUGUACAGUACAGUUCUUCCCCAAGAGUGGCGGGACUGGUUCGACCUGGUUUCGGUGGAUCAUGUCCUCGAUCUGCUUCUUCGCCAGGACAUCACAGCAGCAGCAGCAGCGGACCAAACCCGACCGGUGAGCCAUAGUGAGGCGGGGGCCAACUCUUUUGACCCGAGACCUCUACCUCCACCUCCGGACAGCCUGUUAGACUAUGUUCGGAGCGUACGCAAGCAUUGUCUGCAACGACAAUUCACUCCCGUUUCAGAUAACGUGCCCGACAUGCCUAAACAUGUCUCGGUCGGUAUGAAAGUCAAAAAGGCCCACGAGGUGACCAAUUUUGCCGCCUAUGUGGACGAACUCUCGGCAGAUGUGUCGGCUCGGUUUCAACAGCCUGUCUCAAUCGUGGACUUUGGAUCCGGACAGAACUACCUAGGCCGAACACUGGCUUCACCGCCAUACAACAAACAUGUGAUUGCCAUUGAACGGAGGCACCACAACAUCGCUGGCGCCAGAAACAUGGAUGUCCACGCCAAGCUGGCGAAGAAGGAGAAGAUCAUGCGCAACAAGAAAGAAUGGAAGCGGCUGCUGGCUCGGGAGAAUGGAGGAAUGCCCACUCCACCACCGGAGGAAGAGGAAAUGGAAAUGGAAACGGAGGCCGGGUCAUUUUCUGUUUCAGAUGCCGGUCUAGUACGCUCCGACUUUGGCGAGGGAGAGUUUGACCCGAAUCGAGGUUCCAUGACCUAUAUCGAGCAUGACAUCCAGGACGGUCGACUCGAACACAUACUGUACCCGACACAGUCUGAAGAAUGCAAGCACGAUGGCUUUGCAGACUAUGCGUCCGCCGACACAACCCCCAAUCCCGAUCCCGAUCCCGAUCCAUCGGUAAGCAACGGCAACGGCAACGGCAACGAACGAGCCAAAGCCAUGGUGGUGUCUCUCCAUUCGUGCGGAAACCUCUCACACCACGGAAUCCGAUCUUUGGUGGUCAAUCCGUCGGUGUGCGCCGUGGCCAUGAUCGGCUGCUGCUACAACCUUCUCACCGAGCGGUUGGGACCGGCGACGUACAAGCUUCCUCACCUCCGACCGAACCAUCCGCGUCUGGAAGCCACCGGGUCGACAUACGACCCGCACGGCUUCCCCAUGUCUCGGACCCUCGAAGAGUUUGAGCACGAGUCGGACACGGGCGUGAAACUCAACAUCACGGCGCGCAUGAUGGCCGUGCAGGCCCCCUACAACUGGGGCGCCGACGACAGCGAAGCCUUCUUCCGCCGCCAUUUCUACCGCGCCCUGUUACAGCGCAUCCUCCUGGAUAUGGGCGUGGUCAAGCAGUGCCCUGACCCAGGCGGCCUCGGUCUUGCCGGCGGGAGUAUCACGGGGAAAGAUGCCAAUGGAACGCCACUGAUCGUUGGUUCGCUUCGCAAAUCUUGCUUCGCCAAUUUCCGCGCCUACUGCCACGGCGCCUUGGCCAAACUCAGGGACGACCCUGUCGACGGACCAUUGAUUACAGACCUCACGAAGGGGCUGACGGAUGAUGUGAUAGACGAUUACGAAGCUCGAUGGGGUUAUGCCAGGAAAAAUCUCGCUGUCAUCUGGAGCUUGAUGGCUUUCAGUGCCGGCGUCGUCGAGAGCAUCAUUGUCACGGACCGCUGGCUUUUCCUGCGCGAGCAGCCCUGCGUCCAGGAUUGCUGGGUCGAUAUCGUCUUUGACUACAAGCACAGCCCUAGGAACUUUGUCGUGGUCGGCAUCAAGAAGGAGGGGAGUUGA